AAAGACUUGGAGAGAGAGAAAGAGAGAGAGAGAGGCUAGUGAGUGAGCCAACGUUUUGAGACUCUGUGGAGGAGAUGGAUCCAACGACGCCUCUUCUUGAGAACGGUGGUGGUGGUGGUGGUGGUCAUGAGAUAGAAGAUGAUUACUCUCCCGCGAGGACGUUGAGCGACGUGACGCGAGUCUUUUCUAUUGAGACGGCGAAGCUGUGGCAAAUAGCUGCUCCCAUUGGUUUUAACAUCAUCUGCUCGUACGGUGUUACCUCCUUCACCAAUAUCUUCGUCGGCCACCUCGGCGAUAUAGAGCUCUCCGCCGUCUCCAUCUCUCUUUCAGUCAUUGGCACCUUCUCCUUCGGCUUCUUGCUUGGCAUGGGAAGUGCACUUGAAACACUUUGUGGACAAGCUUUUGGAGCUGGUCAAGUCAACAUGUUAGGAGUUUACAUGCAGAGAUCAUGGAUCAUUUUGUUUGUUUCAUGCAUCUUCCUCCUUCCUAUUUACAUCUUCGCCACACCAGUCUUGAGACUUCUUGGUCAAGCAGAGGAGAUUGCUGUUGCAGCUGGAGAGUUCACUCUUCUAACCAUCCCUCAGCUUUUCUCAAUGGCUUUCACUUUCCCUACCUCUAAGUUCCUUCAAGCGCAGAGUAAAGUAAUCGCCAUUGCUUGGAUUGGUUUCAUUGCUCUUAUCAUGCACGUUGCUAUGCUUUGGCUGUUUAUAGUCGUGCUUGGUUGGGGAACAAACGGUGCCGCUUUGGCGUUUAGUAUUACGAAUUGGGGAACAGCGAUCUCUCAGAUUGUUUAUGUGAUUGGUUGGUGUAAUGAAGGAUGGACUGGCUUGUCUUGGUUGGCUUUUAAAGAGAUUUGGGCUUUUGUUAGACUCUCCAUUGCAUCUGCUGUUAUGCUUUGUCUUGAGCUUUGGUAUAUGAUGAGUAUCAUUGUUCUUACUGGUCGUCUUGACAACGCUGUUAUCGCUGUUGAUUCACUUUCUAUAUGCAUGAAUGUGAAUGGCUUGGAGGCUAUGUUAUUCAUUGGAAUAAACGCUGCUAUAAGUGUCCGUGUCUCCAAUGAGCUUGGGUUUGGCCGUCCACGAGCAGCUAAGUACUCUGUCUAUGUGACAGUGUUCCAGUCUCUUCUCAUUGGUUUUGUCUUUAUGGUGGCUAUCAUCAUAGCUAGAGACCAUUUUGCUAGCAUCUUCACAAGCAGCAAAGAACUUCAACAAGCUGUGUCUAAGCUAGCUUAUCUUCUUGGUAUAACCAUGGUUCUUAACAGCGUGCAGCCAGUUAUUUCUGGUGUGGCUAUUGGAGGUGGUUGGCAAGGCCUAGUGGCUUAUAUUAACUUGGGAUGUUACUACAUUUUUGGCCUUCCCUUUGGGUAUCUUCUUGGUUACAAAGCAAACUUAGGAGUUAUGGGACUAUGGGCUGGAAUGAUAGCAGGAACAACGCUUCAAACAUUGUUACUGAUGGUUGUUCUGUACAAGACAAACUGGAAUAAAGAGGUGGAAGAGACGAUGGAACGUAUGAAGAAAUGGGGAGGGAAAGAAACAACAUCAAAGGAUUUAAUUGCAUGAUUUUUGUGGUUUCUCUUUUGUUUAGCUUUGAAAAUGAAUAUGUAGCUCGUCGGCUUUUGUUUGUGUUCUCUCAUUGGUUUGGUACCCAACAGUAGAAACUUUAUUAGGCUGUAGGAAACUGUUCAAUCAGUGAAGUAAACAAACGGUGGUUUUGUUAUUUUCUUCCAAAAUGAAAGGAAAAGAUGCAACUGAAACAUAUCAACUUUAUGAAUGUAUCAACCAGCUUAUUUUUCUUCCAAAUGUCAGGUACAUUUUCUCUUGUGACUUGAAUGUAUC